AAGCACACGCUCUUCAUGCCGUCAUUAGCUAUUAAAAAAAAAAGAACAAGCGAUAAUAAAACUACGAUCCACCGUCGCAGAGGGGAAGAAGAAUUCAAUAGAAGCUGCCAACCGAUUAACGAACCCUCCGGAACGGGAAAAUCGUACAUCGAGAGAGAUAAAGACAACCCUCUUCGUAAUCCCGAAUUUCCCACUUCUCCUCCCGCUCGGAGAUCGAAUCAAGAAGUGCCCACUUCGAAAAGCUUCCGCCUUUGUGCUCAAGUCGCACCCUUUUUCCCGUUUUCAAUGAUGGGUCAUUGAUCAUCGAUUUGGGUUUCAUCGACUCCGCCUAAGCAUUUCAAGUUUAUUCAUGGCAGAGCUCAAAGAACGCCUCCUCCCGCCAAGACCUGCGUCAGCUGUUAGCCUUAAAGAAGCAUCUCAUCGUUCAUUUGUGUUUGGGCGUCAGCCUUUCCAAGGCAUGGAUGUUAUAGGUCUUAAGAAACGUGGUCAAGGUCUUCGGUCAUGGAUUCGUGUUGAUACCUCUGGGAAUUCUGAGAUCAUUGAGGUUGACAAGUUCACAGUGAUGCGCCGUUGUGACCUUCCAGCCCGUGAUUUGCGCCUGCUUGAUCCAUUGUUUGUUUAUCCCUCUACAAUUCUUGGGAGAGAGAAGGCUAUAGUUGUUAACUUAGAGCAGAUUCGAUGUAUUAUCACGGCAGAUGAGGUGUUGCUUUUGAACUCCCUCGAUAGUUAUGUGUUGCAGUAUGUGGUGGAGCUACAACGCCGGCUGACAACAGCUGGGGCAAGUGAGGUUUGGCAACCAGAAGGUGCAGAUUUGAGCAGAAGGAGAGGAAGUAGAAACUUUGAUGAUUUGUUUGGCAACACCUCCCCAGAUUAUUUGCCUUUCGAGUUUCGGGCCCUUGAAGUUGCUUUAGAAACUGCUUGUACUUUUCUUGAUUCUCAGGCAGCAGAACUCGAAAUCGAAGCUUAUCCAUUGCUGGAUGAGCUAACUUCGAAGAUUAGUACAUUAAAUUUAGAGCGUGUUCGACGUUUGAAAAGCAGACUUGUGGCAUUGACCAGGAGAGUUCAGAAGGUUAGGGAUGAGAUAGAACAGUUAAUGGACGAUGACGGAGACAUGGCUGAGAUGUAUCUCACUGAGAAGAAACGAAGAGUGGAGUCAUUGUACUAUAUUGAUCAGUCUUCGAUCGGCUACAGGUCCAAUGAUGUUGCACAAUGCCUUUCUGCUCCUGUUUCUCCCAUUUCCUCACCUCGUGAUGGCCGAAAGCUUGAGAAGAGCCUAAGUAUAGCGAGGAGCCGGCAUGAGAGCAUGAGGAGUUCAGAAAGCUCUACAGAUAGAAUAGAAGAGCUGGAGAUGCUGUUGGAAGCUUAUUUUGUUGUCAUCGAUAGCACUUUGAAUAAGUUGACUUCGCUGAAGGAGUACAUUGAUGACACAGAAGAUUUCAUUAACAUUCAGCUGGACAAUGUCCGAAAUCAGCUGAUACAAUUCGAGCUGCUGCUGACUACUGCGACUUUCGUUGUUGCUAUCUUCGGCGUGGUGGCGGGGAUUUUCGGGAUGAACUUUGACGUCUCAGUCUUUGACAAUGCUGAUGCAUUUCAGUGGGUCCUCAUUAUAACAGGAGUAUGCGGUUUAGUCAUUUUCAGUGCAUUUGUGUGUUUCUACAGGUACAAACGACUCAUGCCUCUAUAAUGUGUCGGGAAUCUCUAGAUCUUUGGCGGAUUGAAUUCGUCAUUGAUAUUCUUUGGUAUGGCUGCGCAUUCCAGCCCUGUAGAUGACAUGGAGGAAGAAGAAAAACGUGGAAAAACACGAGUUCUUAUUGUCAGUUCUUUCAAUGUGAGCUCAUACCGAAACUGCAUAAACAAAA